GGGAGUGCUUAUGAAUUGCGGGUGAUAUCAGUGCGGUAUCUGCGGGCGUUUGUAUGGUGUUGUUGUUUGCUUAUUUCCCAUUUUAUAAAGUUUCGGUGUUAAAAGCGAAGGAUUAUAUCCAGAAAGUAUGUUCCGACCGCGUUGGACGGUCGUAUUAUCCUUACUCACCUUACUGCACCCGUCUCUGCAGUUUAACGACGUGUUCGAUGAGGAACUUCUAAUCAAGCCACUCCCCGACGGAUUCGUGUAUAGCUACUUCCAGUUCACAACGCGCUGGGAUGUCGCUCAUAAUGAUAGCUUGCUGCACACCCACCUGGUGUCGCGAUCGUUGACGGAACUGCUCUACCACUACGGCAUCAGCGAGUUGCAUCUGAGCUUCACCAACGGGGUUUGGCGCUACGAGAACUGGGGCUUCCCAGUAGUAGAUGCCGGGCCGGGAGCAGAAGUGUGGGCAUGGUUCGAACCACCGGCAGGCGACGCGGAAGUAGAUCAAAAAUGGAAGCAGCUGUGCGGAACGCUAUCCGGAUUGUUUUGCGCUUCGUUGAGUUUUGUGGACAAGACUAAUACAUUUAGACCGGAGUACUCGCUGCGACCAACAACGCAUCGGUUUGAAGGAAUGGUCCCGCCGAAGAUACGCUAUGCUGCGCUACCGCGUGAGAUUGUCUGCACGGAGAAUUUGACCCCAUGGAAGAAACUGGUGCCCUGUAAGCUACGGGAGGGAUUGGUCUCGCUACUGACAGCGGACCACUUGUACUCGGGCAAUUAUCACUCACUGGCCGUGCAUAUGCGGAAAUUGUGUGUCGAUGCGGAAUGCAGUCAGUUCCAGUUAGAAGUGCGUCAAAGUGUAAGCCUGGUUCAGGAUCAACGGAUAUUCGGGGGAAAGGAUUGGUCCAUUAGGAAACUGUUCGGCCAAGGGUCGGAAGGUGCGUGCGUGUUGGCCACAACCAGUAAGGUUUACGUGGACGUUACCGAUAAGGAUUACGAAAUGUCCCAAAAGCCUACGAAUGUAAUUCGGUCAACCCGAGGUGGCGCAAAUUCCGUUUUGUAUGAAUACGACUUGAAGGAGUAUGAAAAGAAGCAGCGAAUGUUCAAUGUGGCUGCUUUGGAUAAGAACGAUCUCGGCGUGGUCGUAAUGACACCACAACCCCCGAUCUUUUCAAAACGUUACAUCUCCGGAGUAGGUCAGGAACGCGGAAGAAUUGUAACGCGAAUAACCAACACCCAUUGGGCGAGUCUGAAUUUGAUAAUUUUCGAGAACAUUCCUUGGUUCGUGCCGAUCUACUUGCACACUCUCAAGGUUACUCGAGGGGAUCAACGGAUCGAGCCACGUACCGUUAAAUACAUUCCGGGUCGGCAACGGGAGCGACCAUCGCAUCUGGAAAUCGCUUUAACCAUUCCAACCCGAUCCACCAUUGAGCUGUCGAUCGACUUCGACUACAUCUUUCUCAAGUGGCAAGAGUACCCGCCUGAUGCCAGCCAUGGCCACUAUUUGCAACCCUCGAUCAUCUCGGUGCUGCUCCCAGUUGCACGCAACUACACCUCCUUGCCGCGAGAAGCUUCCCUGUUCCGGGAAUCGUUCAACGCAACCCAACCGAGUGGCUACUUCUUGCAAAUACGGACGGAAGCGCUUCUCCUGACGCUUCCCAUCCCGGACUUUAGCAUGCCGUACAACGUGAUCUGUUUGGCUUGCACCGUGGUCGCGUUGGCGUUCGGACCAAUCCACAACAUUUCCACCAAGCGAAUCGUCGCCAAGAGCAAGGAUCCGGCCAAACCAAAGCUGAUGGAUAAGGUCAAAUGCUGGUUUGCUAAGAAGCGUAACAAGAAUGAGAAGGAGAAGACUGAAAGUAUUACCGAAGAAGCUAAAUAAGGAUAGUUGUGCACACAAGAGUAAUUCUAAGUCAUUUUACAUCUAUUUAAAAUAUGGAAGUAUUUCGAAGCCUACAGACAAAACGAUUACACCAAUCUGAAUACCUAA